AUGGAAACUCUACAAGAGACUGCUCGUGUUGUCACGUCCAAGCCUGUCCAGCGAGCCGUCGUUAACACCGUACUCCUUGUCUCGAGCGCCGUGACGCUCUUUUGUACAGCCGCGAUCGCUUCGGUUCUAUUUUUCCAGAAUUUCCUGCCUCACGAGGUCGUUACUCUGCCAGUUCACCUUCAGUAUGGCUCUGGCAUUAAUCCAUACGGAAUCGCAUCGCUUCAAACGCCCCCCAUGAAGACGCAACAAGAAUACGAUGUGUCGCUGAUGCUAUCCAUGCCGCGCUCAAAUUCAAACGUGGAACGCGGCAACUUUAUGGUUAGCCUGCACAUGCUCGACUCGAAAGCUGACCUUGGUCUUUUCACCGAAGCGGAACGUCACGCAUCGUUACACGAAGGGUUUGGAGGGGCCAAUGUCCUGUUUAGUUCCCGCAGGCCUGCUUUGUUUCCCUACGUGGAUCCGCUCGUGUCUGUGGCAUCCCGUGUUCUCUUUCUGCUGUAUCAUUUAUUUACACCUGGCUCAAGCACAAACUCGAUGAUUAUCCCGCUAGCCGAACGAGUCUCGUUCCUGAGGGAAUCAGAACUCCCAAAGUCGGCGUAUGUGGAGGUGGAGGCAGGACAAACCAUUCAGAUUUACCAUGCCUACUUACAGCUAACAGCUCAGCUUCGUGGACUACGUUGGAUGAUGGUACACUAUCGUAUCUCGACAUUCAUUGCCCUAACCCUCGUCUUCUGGGCGUUUGAGGUGGUAUUUAUGGGUACUGCUUGGGGAGUCUGGAGUAUCGCCUCUGGAUCACCGCCUGGGGAUGCGGAUCUUAAAUCAAAGAGGUUGGAAGGUGCAGAAUAUGAGCAUGAGGGUGAGGAUACGGACCGCGAAGAGACUUUUCCUACGUAUGGAAGGCAACAGCCUCUCAAGUAUGAGCCGGACAUCAAGCCAGAACUGGACCCUGAGCAACCCUUGUCCGAAAUUCCUCGAGCAGGAGCUGAUGCAGACGAUGAGGACGAAGAAAGCUAUGAUGACAAGGAUGAUGAGGACGUACAGCACAAAGACUCGGGUAUUGGCACGAGCUAUAGCGAGGACGGGGCCACGAGCAUUCGAAGACGAACGUCGCGUAACAGGUUGUGA